GCAGCCCGCCGCCGCUAUGGCGACCGGCGAGCGGGAGGCGGCGCCGCCUCUCUGGCCAGUGGAGGCCCGCUUGGCGGCGCUGCUUCCCGACCUACUGGUCUUCAGGAAGCCCCGGGGAUCGGAACCCGAGCUCGCCACGGCCGAGGGCGUCCUCUUAGGCGUCCACGUAACGGGGUUUACAGCAUUAAUGGACAGGUUCAGCCUGACCUGCAAGUCGGAACAUGACAUGGACAAACUGGCCCACAUCUUCAGUUAUUACAUUAGUGACAUCGUGGAGCAUGUGCUCUGUUUUGGAGGAGAUAUCCUAAAUAUUACAGGGAAUGUGCUCCUGGCACUCUGGACAGUGGAACAAAAACAAUUGAGUGACAUCAUUACUCUGGUGGCAAGAUGCAGUCUAGAGAUACAGGAGAAAUUUGGAAUUUACCAUACCAGAGAAGGCCAGGACUUACAGUUAAAGAUAGGUCUGUCUGCAGGUCGGAUUUCCCAGGUUAUAGUUGGAGAUGAACAGCACCAAUACCUCUUGGUGAUUGGGCGGGAUGUAGAUGAUGUCCAGUUAGCUCAGCAUUUGGCUCAAGCAAAUGAGAUUGUCCUGUCUUGGAACUGCUGGAAGCUCUGUGAGCAGUACAUGUUUGAAGUGGAAAUCAUGAGGGAAGAUGAAGCUGUGAAGUUAAGAGAUAUGCGGAUCAUUGACCCAUUUGAUUUUGAUGAGCAUUUUGACAAGUGCCUCGAUUAUCUGCCACAUUACCGUACAAGUGCUGAGACUCUAAGAACUGCACUGGAGUUGGAUCCAGACUCUGCACUUGAGCAAACACUGCGGAAGCACAUUAUGAAAAGCCUUUUAAAGAAGAUUGAUGAAGGCCACCCAGUGGAGUAUGUGUCUGAAUUCCGUACAGUAACUAUGGUUUUGGUCAGCCUAGAAUUUCACAAGACAGCGUGGAUAUUGCAUUUGUGUCAUCUUAUCCAGGAGGCUGCCUUGUACAUCUCUACAGUCAUUGAGAAAGGAGGUGGCCAGCUGAGUCGGAUCUUUAUGUUUGAGAAACGCUGCAUGUUCCUCUGUGUUUUUGGCCUUCCUGGGGAUAAGAAGCCAGAUGAGUGUGCACAUGCCCUGGAGAGCUCUUUCAGCAUCUUCAGCUUCUGCUGGGAGAAUCUUGCUGAGACCAAGCUUGUUUCCAUCAGUAUCACCAAUGGACCAGUAUUCUGUGGUGUGGUUGGGGCAGUAGCAAGACACGAAUAUACAGUUAUUGGUCCAAAAGUGAGUCUCGUGGCCAGAAUGAUAACUGCUUAUCCAGGUUUGGUGUCCUGUGAUGAGGUGACAUAUCUAAGAUCCAUGCUACCUGCUUACAAUUUCAAGAAACUCCCAGAGAAAAUGAUGAAAAACAUCUCCAAUCCAGGGAAGAUUUAUGAAUAUCUUGGCCAUGGAAGAUCGAUAAUGUUUGGGAAGAGGCAUUUGGCCAGAGAGAGACACAAAAAUCACCCUUUGUUAGGCCGAGAGAAAGAAUUAGAAGCCUUCCGAAUGGCACAGCAAGGGUGUUUGUACCAGAAGAAAGGACAAGCGGUCUUGUAUGAAGGUGGAAAAGGCUAUGGAAAAAGCCAGCUGUUGGCUGAAAUAAACUUCUUGGCCCAGAAGGAAGGACACAGGGUAUUGCCAUUGAAGCUGAAGGAAGCAGAUUCCAAGCAGUGCUUUUAUGCCAUCCAGACCCUCAUGGCCAUCUUCUUUGAAAUUGAUACAUGCCCAGCCUAUUGCCGGCAAGAGUGCCUACAAAGACAGCUUCAUGGGAUGGUGGAGGAACCAUUUCACUGCCUUUUCAAUAACCUCUUCUUUGUGAAGUUUCCUUUGUCCUUCAGAGUUUCACGGAUGGAUGACCUGGUCAGACAAAAGAAGGUUAAAGCAUGUUUUAUUCAAGUGCUUCAGGAGGCAGCAAGGGAAACGCCACUGGUUUUCCUCAUUGAUGAGGCCCAGUAUAUGGAUGCAGCUUCCUGGGAGUUUUUGGGAACAUUGCUCUCCAGUGUGCCCAUCAUCAUGGUGAUGACGUUGACCCCUACCUACACCCUGUGUGGUUGGGCCCAGCACUUCCUGCAGAGCCCUCGGGCUAUUUUUGUGCCCAUUUCGCAGUUGGCAACAACCUCGCUGUUGAGAAUGGCAUGUUGGGAACUAGGGGUGGUGAGCAUCCCCCAAGAGCUGCAGAUCUACCUUCUCCGAAGGUGCUUUGGAAACCCUCUGUAUUGUGAGGUCUUAUGUCAGGACCUUCUAUCCAAGGACAUACUGCUCUUUCAUGACCUACAAAAGGAGGAAGAGGAGAACAGCAAAUGGGAGACCCUGUCAGCUAAUGUCAUGAAAUCUACAAUGUAUAGUAUUUCUCCUGCCAGCCCUGAAGAAGACAAGAAACUUUAUGUCUGCACAGUCAAGGAUGACGUGAACUUGGAUACAGUGCUUCUCCCACCAUCAUUAAAAGAAAUAGCAGUAAGCCAACUGGACCAACUGAGCCCAGAGGAGCAGUUGCUGGUCAAGUGUGCUGCAAUCAUUGGUCACUCCUUCCAUAUAGAUCUGCUGCAGCACCUUCUGCCUGGCUGGGAUAAAAAUAAACUACUUCAGGUGUUGAGGGCUCUUGUGGAUAUACAUGUGCUCCGCUGGUUCAGUAAGAGCCAAAAACUUCCUACUGAGCCCAUUUUGGUGCCCUCCUCUAUCAACAUCACUAAUCAAACCAAACAGAAGAAGAAAACGUCAGAUGCUGGCUCAGGCUCUUUUCUCAGGUUACAAGAGGAGCUAUCUCUACCUCAAACUGAAGUGUUAGAAUUUGGAGUGCCUCUAUUACGGGAAGCUGCUUGGGAGCUAUGGCCCAAAGAACAACAGAUAGCUCUGCACCUUGAAUGUGCCUACUUUCUCAGAGAUUUGGCCUGCCGCUGUGGAAGCUGUCACGGAGGGGAUUUUGUCCCUUUCCAUCGUUUUGCAAUCUGUUCUACUAAGAGUUCCAAUGGGACCUCCCGAUUCUGUACUUACAGAGAUACUGGCUCAGUGCUAACACAAGUGAUUACAGACAAAUUGCAGCUGCCUUCUUCCCAAGAUAGCUUUCAGUUCCAGACAAAACCAUCCAGAACUCAGGAAGCCUUCUCAAGUGAACACUGCAGAACAGAGGAAGAGUUUCUGGAUCAAGUGAGUAGGAAGCUGUCUCAGACUAGCCCUGAGAAAGGACUAUUGACCAUGAAGCCCUGCCACUGUGAGGAAAUCCUGAAAUUAGUGCUCUCACCGCUCACCCAGCACUGCUUGGUCAUUGGAGAAACCACUUGUACAUUUUAUUACUUGCUGGAGGCUGCUGCUGCCUCCUUGGACCUGUCAGAUAAUUACAUGGCCUUCUUUUAUUUGAGAAAGGCAAGCAGUCUUCUGGGCCAACGCUCAGCGUUCUCCUUCUUGAGAAAACACAAGGUAAAGAUCUGUCGGUUUGAGGAGGCCACUUUCUGCUGUCUUCGGUCAGAGGUCUGUUUCAACAUGGGACAGAUCACUUUAGCCAAAAAAUUGGCUAGGCAAGCCCUUCGACUGCUGAAAAGGAAUUUCCCUUGGACCUGGUUUGGUGUCCUUUUCCAAACAUUCCUGGAAAAGUAUUGGCAUUCCUGCUCCCUGAGCCAACCUCCGAGCAACCCUAGUGAAAUUAAGAAGAAGUUGGCAGUCCUGCAACAGCAGGUGCACUGCCUGUCCUUACUCUGGCAGCUCUAUAACCUAGAGGCCACAGCCAGUAGCCGCAGGUUCGCCUGUCUGGCCACUCUUAUGCAGAAGAAUUCAGCUGAGGAGUUUGCAAGUGAAGCCCAGAUUGUCUCUACCUACUUGGACCUCUCCCAGUUGUCGCAGAACAUGGGCAACAGGGAGAAGUGGCUGCACUGUGAACAGAUGGCCAUUCAGAAGAGCACCCUAUGUUGGUUCUCAAGGGAGGGAUUGUUGACCACAGCCCAGCUCAUGCAGGCCCUGGCCUACACCAAGCUCUGCCUUGGCCAUCUUGACUUCUCCAUCAAGCUGGGUUUUCAAGCUCAUGAGAUAUGCAGAUACCUCAAGAAACCAGCGCUGGAAAAUCUGGUUCUUUCAGUUCUCUUCAGAUCUGCAUUUCUGAAGAAGAAAUUUGAUCUGUGUGUCCACGUGUUGGAGAGUCAGUGGGCGCUCAUUUCCCAGGGGCAUAAUGUCCUUGGCCUGGCCUGCUUUUACUCUGCUUGCUUAGAUCUGCUGCUCUACGGAAAAGGAUUGCUAUGUCGGUCCUUUGGCGAAUGUCUGCAGUUCAUUGAACACUAUGAGCAUAGCUGUGUUCUAACUUCUCAGAGCAAUGUCAUGCUAGGGAUCUACUCCUCCCUGGCCAUGUGGUUUGCCCAGGACUCACAGUGGGACCUGUUUGAGCACCAUUUCUCCAAGGCCUGCCAGUUGGUGAAAAGAACCAAUGCCUCACUAUUUGGUUCACAUGGCUUUGUCCGAUUGCUAGAGUGCCACGUACUAAUGUUACAGAAAAUGCCAGAGAGUAUCUUCAUGCAUAUUCCCUCAGAGACUCACAGCCAAACCCUCAAGUACUUUAAGGAGUUCUUUUCUCGAUGUGUGACCUGCCCUGUCUAUCAUCAGUGGGUCUCUGAGCUUAAGGCGUCUGUAAUGAGAUGUGGAAAGAGGGAAUCCAUGUACUUCACUAACAUCAUCAGACCUUUUGAAAACCACUUGACCAGGAUUUGGCUAGAGGAAGAAUUACUGGAGGAAAACAACUCUUAUGAAGGAAAUUUAGGAAUGGAGAGAUUUGACAGAGUGGCUGAUGUCAAGGAUACAGAAGAAACUCAAGAAUAUAUGUGUUAAAAGAGUAAUAAUCUGAAGGGAGCAUGCUUCUCUCAUUGUAGAUAACACAAGGAAAGGAAAUGCCCCAAAUUCUCCUCUUUAAGAUACUAUAUAGUGUACAUAUUAAAUAUACUAGUCUUUUACAGUCACUGCUAUCUAUAUCUUUAUCAGAAUAAAAGCCUAUGUUUCUGAAGCAUGCCACUUAAAUCUUUUUUUUGUUUGUUUAACUCUUUGACAGUCAUUAGCACACCUGUAACAAAAGUUAGAACUCCGGGUUCAAACCCUGGGUUAGAAGCUUUGAGAUGAACUGAUUCUUUUAUAAGGCAGGAUCCAUUAGCAAAUGGAAAACCAAUACCUAAUAGAAGGGGUUGUUUUUUUUUUGUUUGUUUGUUUUUUUAUUGUUAAAUCAUAGCUGUGUACAAAAGCGGGCAGUGCCAUGUGCUUUGGUGUUGUCUUUAGACACAGAUUUGUUAAUGGGUUUGUCUUUUCAGGGGUACAUAGGGUUGGGGGAAUCCAUUUCUCCUUUGUUAUGUGAUUUGGGCAUUCCCAUGAAAUUGUGAAGUUGCCAGAAUGUAUAUGACUCUAGCUUCCUUCCUUUUUCUCCUCUCUAUUUGGAGCUGCCAUCUUAGGCUUUUGUCUGUUUGAUGGUUUUUCUUCCAUAGAGUAUGAUCUUCCCACUGAUUUUUGUUUAUACUUUAUUACUCCAUCACCUAGUGCCCACAGAGUCAAUUAGCAAAUGUUAUUAUAGCUACCAUUUAUUGUUUACUUUCUCUGCGCUUAAAAUACAUUCUCUAUAUCCUUAUCAAUUCUAUAAGGCAAGUACCAUUAUUUUCCCACAUUACACAUGAGAUAAAAAUAGGACAAAAGAAUGUUAUUAUGAAGAUUAAAUGAAUAUAAAGCAUUUAGAACAGUACCUGGCAUAUAAUAAGCAUACAGUAAUUGUUACUAUUAUUAUCUGCUCAGUUUUUAUAUUUGAAAAUAGAUAUUACAUUUAUAUGGUACAAAAUUCAAAAGGAAUAAACAUGUGUAACAAUGAAAACCUCUUGCCCAUUCCUGUCUUCCCUAGAAGUAAUCAGUAUUACCACAUCUUUGCAUGUCCUAGCAAAAUCAUUCUAUGUAAAUGAAAGCAAUAGUAUAUGUGCACUGCAUCCUUCUUUCCUUUUUUUUGGUAUUCCCUUUUGGAAACAUAUAAAAUACACAUAACAUAAAAUUUACCCAUUUUGAAAACACUUGAAGAUAUUGGCCUGAGAAAAACUUUAUGAGGAGGCCCCCCCACCACCCCCAGCAAUUGCAGCAACACCAAAAAAAUAAAUAACUGGGACUUGAUCAAGCUAAAAAGCUUUUGCACAGCUAAGAGUACCACAAACAGAGCAAACAGCCCUCAAAAUGGGAGAAGAGUUUUGCGGGUUAUGAAUCUGGCAAAGGCCUGAUAACUAGAAUCACAGAGAACUCAGUAAGAAAAGUGCAAACUGGGUGGCGCCUAUGGUUCAGAGAGUAGGGCGCAGGCCCCAUAUACCUAGCCAAAACUACAACAAAAAAAUACACAGCCCCAGCCAAACUGCAACAAAAAAAUAGCUGGGCAUUGUGGUGGGUGCCUGUUCCCAGCUACUCAGGAGGUUGAAACAAGAGCCUAAGCCCAGGAGUUGGAGGUUGCUGUGAGGUGUGACAUCAUGGCACUCUACCAAGGGUGACAAAGUGAGACUCUGUCUCUAAGAAAGAAAGUAAGUAGAAAAGUGCAAACAACCCUCUAUAUAAAUGGGCAAGAGAUUUGAACAGAAAAUUCUCUAAGGAUGACAGAUGAAUAGCCAAAAAACAUGAAAAACUGCUCAUCUUUAAUCAUCAGAGAAAUGCGUACCAAAACCACUCUAAGAUAACACCUAACCCCAGCAAGAUUAGCCCACAUUAUAAAGUCCCAAAACACCAGACACUGGCACAGAUGUGGAGAGAAGGGAACACUUCUACACUGCUGGUGGUAUUGCAAACCAAUACAGCCUUAAUGGAGAAAAGUAUGGAGAAUCCUCAAAGAUCUAAAAGUAGACCUUCAAUUUGACCCCGCAAUUCCAUUACUAGGUAUCUAUCCAGAAGAACAAAAAUCAUUUCACAAAGAUAAUUGCACUAGAAUGUUUAUUGCAUCUCAAUUCAUAAUUGCCAAGUCAGGGAAACAAACUAAGUGCCCAUUAAUCCAUGAAUGGAUCAACAAACUGUGGUAUAUGUAUACCAUGGAAUAUUAUUCAGCCAUUAAAAAGAUGGAGACUUUACAUCUUUUACAUUUACCUGGAUGGAGUUGAAAUACAUUCUUCUUAAUAAAAUAUCACAAGAAUGGAAAAAUAAAUAUCCAAUGUGCUCCAUAUUAAUAUGAAAUCAAUAUAUAAACAAUUACAUGAUCAUAAGAACAAUAAAACACAAUCUAGUUUGGGGGUAGAGGGGAGGAAGAAUGGCAAAAGGAGAGAGGGCAUGGGAGGGGAUCUCAAUGUGCAGCUGUGAGGGUAUAUAACAUGCCCCCUGGGUAAGGGGCUCUUCUAUAAAUGGAAGUUUACCCUGGAAGAGAGAACAAUGUAACCUAAAUAUUGUACCCUCAUUAAUUUGAAUAAAGUUUAAAAAAGAAAAAAAAUGUACCCAUUUAGAAUAUACAAUUCAAUGCUUUUCAGUGUAUUUGCAAGGUUGUACAACCAUCCCACUACUGUAUAAUUCUGGUCAUUUUUAUCAUGCCAAAGCAGAAUUCUUAGCAGUCACUCCCCAUUAACUCUUUCCCAAGUUCUUGGUAACCACUACUAUAUUUUCUGUCUGUAAAGAUCGGCUUAUUGUGGACAUUUCAUUUAAAUGAAAUCAUAAUAUUCUGUAACACAAAAUGCCUUUCAUGUCUGUUUUCUUUCACUCAGUAUAAUGUUUUCAAGGUUCAUCCAUGUUGUAAUGUUACUUUGUAUGGACAGAUAAUAUUCCAUUGUAUAAAUAUGCCACAUUUUGUUCAUCAGUUGAUGGAUAUUUGGAUUGUUUCUA